GAGUCCCAUUGGCCUCUGAGUUCAGAGUUUUCCAGAAUUUACAGUGGGUAGAGUCAGAGAGGGUUUAGAAAUGCAGGCUGCUCCGGUGUCAAAACAUUUCGUCGCAUCGGGCGUCCAGCUCGUUACGAAUGUUUUGACUAGUCUCCUGUCCAGCAGCUGGGAAAUGGGAGAUAGCUUUUCUCCAGAGGGAAGCCAGGAUGAAGGAAGCAGCUCAUCUUCAGAGGACACUCAGUGGACCCCUUUGCAUUGGUCGAGAUCCAGCAUGCAGUCAGAGAUUAAGCGUCUUCAGACAUUUCAGCUCUGGCCAGCGAGCGUCCCUGUGGCUCCGACUGAUUUGGCAGCCGCUGGUUUUUAUUUUGUCGGCCCUGCGGACACCGUCCAGUGUUUCUGCUGUGGUGGGUUGUUGUACAAUUGGGUAGCUGAAGAGGAUCCUAUGGUAGAGCACAAGAAAUUCUUCCCAUCAUGUCUGUAUGUCCAGAACAAAAUUGUAGGAAAUAUCCAACAGAUGCCUUGGAGCGAAGAACACCAAGACUGUGUAGAUGGGCAAUUUCUUGGCAUGCUACAAAGUUUAAAUGUGGAGGAGAGCCCUGUAGGUGGUCAGCCAGAAUACCCAUAUAUGGAGACAGAAGGAGAUCGCAAAGACUCGCUCAUGGGAGAGGAAGAGCCAGGUGACAAGAAGUUUUCAGAUGACGAAAGUCUUGUUCCAGACUGGCCUACUUUCACAGACCUCUUCCAGCCUGCCUUGUUCAAGUCAUUCCUUUACAAGGCCAAAACAACAGCCAACAUGGGAGUGACAGAUGCCCCACCUGAGACAUCCCUGAGCCUGGAUCCUACUGAAUGGCUGUUCUCUGAACCAUUUCCUGAACAGGAGGGGACCCCAUCUCCUAAACUGUUUGUGGAUGUCAUUCAGCAGCAAUGGAACCAAUCUGGUUCCUUGGCAGUGCCUAGUAGCAAUGAUAGGAGAUUCUAUGGCUCUGGCCCAGACCUUGAGGAGUUCCUGCAGCUUCUGGCAGUAGACACCCCUGUAACUACUUUAGCCUCCUCUGCUAUUCUCCCCUCAGAUGUAACAGAGGGUUUAAAGGCAGAGGACCAUAAGAUGGAGAUGACCCUCUGCAAAAUGCAUCAGGAGGUAGCCUGGGCAAUAAGGGCAGCUACGGCUAGGUCCUUUUUCAAUAGGACUUCCCUGGUAUUGCUUCACCAAUUACAGUCAAGGGUACCACCUGAAGACACCCAGCUGUACCAAGAUAUAAACAAGUUGGUAGCAGCAACAGAGUUUUCUUCCGACACAACCCUCAAUGCAGCUAGGUUUGCAACCAGGGCCAUGGCAUCCAAUGUAACAUCCAGUCACCUCCUUUGGCUCCACCACUGGCAGGCAGACAUGCGAUCCACGUGGCGCCUAGCUUCAGCCCCCUUUAAAGGAGGCAAUCUCUUUGGAGAGUCACUGGACCCUAUUCUAGUGGAAACUAGGGAUAAAAAGAAGGUGCUGCCAUACAUACAUAGGCAAGCGGACUGCCAGGCUCCACCUUAUUUUUGA